CCCUUAUCUUUAUUACAGGAUGACUUAUAUUUAUUUACUCCUUCAUGGUUGUUUCCUUUUUUUAUUAUAAAACUGUAGAUGACUCCUCUAUGCUGCUUCAUUGUUGUCUAAUUUGGCAUUGACUAUAUUCCAAUUCUUAGAACACACUUUGAUUUCACUCUUACCUCUCUCAUCUCCAAAUACACAGUGACGACUGUCUUGAUUAUAGCUCAUGUUGAAUUUUUUACCCUGCUAUUUAUCAUAGGUAUUAUCACAUGGCAUCAGGUUCCUCUCUUUUUUGGCAUAAAAACAUUAAGAAGUGGUUUCUUUUGAUGUUUCCUUGAUAUCAGGUUAAUUGAGUGACUUCCUGGUGUGCUGUUGGUCUUCAACGAGAUAACCAGUUUUGCGGAAUGAAGGGUUAGCUUUUCUCCUCUAAAGGAUGUUAAUGUGGUAAUUUUGUGAAGAAAAACUCUCCCAAAUCCCCGGAUGUCAGAAUUGUCAAUCUAGAACUUCCCAAAAUGAAUUCGGAAACUGAAGCGGGAGAAAAUCCUGGGAGACAAUGGUCCUUGAAAGACUUCGAGAUCGGAAAGCCCCUGGGCAAAGGCAAAUUCGGCAGAGUUUACCUGGCCCGAGAAGUCAAGAGCAAAUACAUAGUGGCAUUGAAGAUAAUAUUCAAAGAACAGAUAGAAAAGUACAGAAUUCAUCAUCAAUUGAGAAGAGAGAUGGAAAUUCAAACGAAUCUACUUCACCCUAAUAUACUGCGCCUCUACGGUUGGUUUCAUGAUGAUGAGCGAAUAUUCAUGAUUCUUGAGUAUGCUUAUGGCGGUGAACUUUAUAGAGAGCUCAGGAAGAAAGGUCAUUUCACUGAAAAGCAAGCUGCUACGUACAUUGCAAGUCUCACACAUGCCUUGGCGUACUGUCAUGAGAAGCAUGUGAUUCACAGGGAUAUUAAGCCAGAAAACUUGUUGCUGGAUCAUGAGGGUCGAUUGAAAAUUGCGGACUUUGGAUGGUCAGUACAGUCAAAAAGCAAGAGAAACACUAUGUGUGGAACAUUGGAUUAUUUAGCACCAGAAAUGGUGGAGAACAAAGCUCAUGAUUAUGCAGUUGAUAACUGGACAUUGGGUAUUCUUUGCUAUGAGUUCCUCUACGGUGCCCCUCCAUUUGAAGCUGAGAGUCAAAAUGACACAUUCAAAAGGAUUGUGAAUGUGGACCUGAUCUUUCCUUCCACUCCUAGUAUCUCAUCAGAAGCCAAAAAUCUCAUCAACCGGCUUCUGGUGAAGGACUCCUCAAAGAGACUCUCUCUUCAGAAGAUUAUGGAGCACCCUUGGAUAAUCAAGAAUGUAGACAAUUUGUAGUAUCUUUUAAGUUCUAAUCUCAUUCUACCUUUAUUGUAUCUUUUAAGUCUUAAUCUCAUUCUACCAGGUAAUGUUGAACUUAUAAUUUGUAAUGCUUGGUAUUAGCAGAGCUUCUGUAUACUGUCAUAAUCUUUGAUUAUUUGUACAAAGGCCAAAUUGCUUUGGUUUUACAAUGUGGAAAUGUAACAU